AUGAUGGAGCGUUACCUAGGUUUGAAGCAAGGGCCUACAACUUCACAAGUCCUCCAAAGGAACCCGAAGUUCAAGUCACUUUUUGACCAACUUGGCUUUGGGCCUCAAGCAAGGGAAACAGCUAUUGUAGCUCUCAUGAGUAUCUCCAUGGAAUCCAACUCUCAUUACUUCACAGCUCAAUCGCAAUGGUCAUUCUUAGAAAACGAUAAUGCCAUUGUUUUCACGGAUGAAGAUAUGGAAGUCCCAUAUCCAGAUCAUAGGAGGCCAUUCUAUUUGGAGGGACAGAUCAAUGAGGUAUUUAUAAGGAGAGCUUUGGUAGAUAUGGGUUCUUGCGUCAACAUUUUGCCUCUGUCUGUGCUUACAGCAGCUGGUAUCCCGCUGUCUAAGAUUGUGCAGUCCCAAACAAGCAUCAGUGGUUUCGGGAAUAAAAGUGAGGUUACAGUUGGACACAUGCAAGUAAAUCUGAAGGUGGAACCAAUCUGGUCACUUACUAAGUUUCAUGUGGUGGACGUGGAUGUAGCUUACCAUGCUUUGCUCGGAAGGCCAUGGCUCAACAAGCACAAACUUGUGGUCUCUACCUACCAUCAAUGUGUGAAAGGAAGGAUUGGGCUAAGGCCACUUCGCAUACCAGGAAAUCAAGCACCCUUCAACAGAAAUGAAGCCCAUUACUCAGAGGUGGAAUUCUACACCGAAUGCACAGGUGCUGGAAGCAACCCAUCCAAGGAUUUCGGGACAUAUCUGCCUUCGUGGACUGAAAUUCAUGAUCUGAGCAACGAAGAACUCAUAACCAUUGUUGAUCGAGAAAGAAAGAGGCACUCGAAGGUUAACAACCAUGCCCACGAUCAACCUCAGUGUUCAAAAGUGACGCUGCCAGACGGACUUUGGGGGCUUGACCGUGUUCUAUGGGAAAGCCCCAAGUAUGGAGAAGAAGCAAUGCAUACAGAUAGCCACAAGAACUCUGGAGAUAAGGCACCCAUGUCUUGCGCUUUCCAAGAGCCUAUGAUGGCGCCUAGGCACAUGCAAGAUGGGCCAAUGACAGUGGCUGACUAG